AUGAAAGUUAGACUGUCUAAUAGAACGAAUCAUAAGGCUAGAUAAAAAAAUUAGCAAAGCAAAACACAAUAAAAAAUCUAACAAUUAAAAAUAAAUAUAUAUAAAUUAAUUAAUACCUUUUAACUCUUGAGAGAAAACUAUAAAGAAUAUUUAGAAAAGUAUUAUACUAACAUAAUAAUUAAUAUAUCAAAAAGUAAAUUAAAUAAUAAGAAGAAGAAGAACUUUUUUGCAAUGAAUCGAAUCGCUUUUGCUUUAUUAGCGAUUAGUUGUAUAUUAAUUGGUGGAGUCACUGCUAUCAAAACAGUAGACAACCAAAAGAAAGUUAACAAGCUCAACUUGCUUUUACCCGAGUUAUAUGAAGAUUUAGAAAUUAGAGCACCUUAAUUCCUUUUGGAAGCCAGCAAUGGUUGUUAUACAUGGUCCUCUUCUAGACCAGACUUCCUUCAAAUAAAUGGAAUUAGUGAUGAAGUUAAUCCUGUUUGUGAAUCUACAGCAUUAGUUAAGCUCAAUAACAUCCGUCCUUACGACAAUAUCAUUUGGAUUUCUGUUACUGAUAAGGAUACAGGAGAUGUCAUGAGAGUAGAAUCUAAAAUAGCUAAAGUCUAAAAGAUUGAAAUUCUAACAAAGCUCAGAACUAUCGAUGUUGGUGAUUUAUCUGUCCUCGAAAUCAUUGGUUAUGAUAAGGAAGGUAACUCCUUUUCCUCUUUAGAAGGUUUGCGCUUUGAGUGGAGCAUCUAAUAAGAAGAAAACAUCUUUGAGUUUAUCACCUUCAAGGAAUCUAAGAUCAACACUAGUCCUUUGAGAAAGAAAUUAGAAGGCUACCAUUUUUAGACUGAUAUUAUUGUCAUCAAGGCUUUACAGACAGGUAAGGCUGAUGUUACUGUCAAGAUUAAAGAAUUAGGAUAGACUUUGGUUUCACUUCCAGUCACUUUGUAUGCUAUUGAUAAGUUUGACAUCUAUCCUGGUAAUGAUUUGUAUCUCCUUCCUCAAACAAUCCUCUAGUAUGAAUUAUACUUCACUAAGAAAGCCACAGAUAACAAAAUUAAACUCCCAAGCAACGACUAUAACUGGAAGAUUUUAGAUGAAAAAAUUGGUUAAAUUCACUAAAAUGGCUAGCUCUUAACUUUUGAAGAAAAGAGAGAUGUACCUACUAAGGUUAUAGUUAGACCCUCUAAGCAAGUAGAUUAUCAAGUAACUUCUACUGUUACUGUUGUUUAUCCUCAUUCUCUUGAAAUUUUCAGUCGCGAAUACACUGCUGAUUCUUGGGAAUCAGCAAGAAGAGGAUACUAUCAAGAAAUAUUUGAAAAGUCCACCCACUUCGUAAGAAACCGUGAAUACUAUCUUAGAGUUGUUUUAUAUGAUAUCAACAAAAAUGAAAUUAAAAUUACACCUAAUGUCAGAAUAGAUGUUAUUAUUGAUAAGACCAAGUUUGAUGUGAUCGAACAAAGAAACCACGAAUUAAGAGUGAGACCCAAAGUUUUAACCAACAGCACAGUUGUUGCUGCUUAACUUAUUGAAGUUAAAGGUAAAACUCAAAACUCUGAAACUAUUUGGAAACCAGAAAAGGAAAUAAAAAAUAGAGUAAACAUCUCAAUAGUAAUGCCCCUUAAGCUCUUCAAGCCUGGAAAUUUCAUCCACUUGCCCCUCCAUUCAGAGUAAAUUUUCAAAUUAAAGGUCGUUGGUGGUUCUGGAUAAUAUGAAUGGGAUACAUCAAAUACAACUAUUGCUGUUACUUCUUACAAUCGUGUUCACCCUAAAUCAAUAGGUUCUGCUAAGUUACAUGUUAGUGAUAAGAUGAAUGAAAAGAACUUUGAUGAAAUCGAAGUCAUUGUUAGCAAUGUGUUGAGAGCUGCACCAUUAGAACAAAUGAAGGAAGUUCUUAUCAAUGGUUAUGAAUCUACUUUCGCUAUUGCUUAUCCUGAGUUAGGAAGCUAGAGAUUCUCAAAUUGUUCAGCACUAGCCUUUUCAGUAGAAGAAAAUUCUUUCUAUAGUAGCUCGGCAGAAAGAUUCCAAACUUAUGAAGAAAUUCUUAAAGAUUUAAAUAAGUUAAUGGCAGAUAAUUAAUUUAUUAAGUAAGAAUUGAAGAAAAAUGAAUUGAAAAGCUUUAAUGAGGAAUUCAAAGAGUAUAUCUAAAGUAGAUCAGUUACUUAAGAAGAAAUCGACAAUGUUCACUAUGAAUAUAAUAACUACGGUUACUGUAGUGCCUUUAGAAUUCUUGCUAAGGAAGCAGGAGAAUACCGUGCUCGUAUCUAUGCUGAAGGUUUACAACUCUAAGAAAAUGUUGAUUAGUACAUUUCAGUUAAGGUCUUGUUGCCUUUUAAAAAUAUCAUCAACCCUAAAUAUUUCAGCUUCUUUAAGAAAGACGAAGUUAUUAUUUCUAUGGGUUCUUCCUACAAUUGGCGUUUCAAGCAUGGUCCUUCUCAAUGGGAAUCAUGGCGUAAAAUUAAUGUUAACACUCAAGUAAAUCUUAAGUAAAAGGGAUGUGCAGGACAAGAAGGUCUCAUUUCUAAUAUCCCUAAGUAAACCACUCAAGGUAAUAUCACUCAAUCUUAUCAACUUACUUGUGGAUUAUGUAAGACUGAUAAAGAAAACUCUUACACCAUAUCCAUUUCAGCUUAAAAUGAAGCUGAUGCUAAGCUCCCUCGUCCUUUGGUCUUACACAACGAAUUGAUUGUUUGGUGUAACGUUCCCCAUGCUUUAUACAUUUACCCUUUGACAUCUCCUAACUAGCGUGACAGUGAUGACGAAUCUGUUCUUUUGUAACAUGCUAAAACCUCUAAGUUCAAUAAAUAUCAUUUGUAAACUGAAAUGAACCAUUUCUUCUUCACUUAAGUUUUCGAUUCUCGUAGUCUUCCUUUUGCAAACUACACUUCCUUGGCUAUUGGCUGGAAGAUCACUACUAGUGAAUGCGGUCCUCUAACAAACCUCCACUUUAGUGAAUACAAGGACCAGUUCAAGCUUAGUUUGAAUACUGAGUAGAUUCCUUAGAAAAAAGAUGAGUUCCGUAAAUAUGAAUUGAACACCUGUGUAAAUUUCGCUAAUUAACAAAACACUGAUGUUAUUAAAAUCUAAGCUACAAGUGCUACUUUGGAAGAUCCUUAGACUUCUCCUGUUAGUUUCUCAGUAAAUGACGAAAUUCUUAUCGCAGUCUCUAAGAAUGUAGAAUGUGAUCCAGUUGAAUCUCUUUUAUAUAAUCACAAAGAAAAUAAAUACGUAAUGAAUCUUAUGUAUGGUUCUGGAUAGUAUAUUAUUCACAAUAAUGCAACAGAUGUUGUCUAACAUAAAUAUCAUGAUUCAUAAAGUAAGUUAGCCUUUGUUACCUUCAAGAACGGUGUUUCUUCUUUGAAAAUUGAAGAUUCUCUCUAAAUAGGUGCUAAGAGAAUCGAAUGUCGUGUUUAAGUCCGUGACCCUGCUCGUAUUGAUUUACGUUUAAUUCAAGACAUUAUCCCUGUAGGUGCAUACACCUAGGCUGUCGUUGAAGUUUAUGAUGAUUAAGGAAGAAAAUACACUAACUCCUAAGUCGCUCUUAUGGAUAUUUAUUUGGAAAGUGAUACUUCUGAUAAUGAAGGAAUUACCUUGGCUAUAAAGAGAGAUCCCCUCAACGGACAUAAAUUCUCUAUUGAUGGUAAGAAGAGAGGUAAUUACAGAUUAGUAGCUGUCUUAAAGAGUGGUAGCGCCAGUACUUACAAUGACCCACGUUAUGCUAACUUCUUUAUCAUAAAGAGUAACUCCCUUGAUCUUGAGGUCUUCCCUCCUCUUGAAGCUUAUCCUCCUAAAAUCAUUUUGCAUCCAAACUGUCAAACAUCUCUUUAACUCAUAGGUGGUCCUUCUGAUUCAACUCGUGUUCGUUACAGCUCAGAGACAUAAAACCACCAAGGUAGCCAAAAGUUGAUUGAUUUGAACUAACUUGACACUAAGCUCUAUGACAUCAGAGCAUUAGAAAAAGCUAAAGGCAAUUCUACUUUAGAAUUCUUUAUUCAUCUUCAACCAAAUAACACCUUGCUUAGCAAAAUCACUGUCCCUGUCACAGUGUAAAACAUUGAUGACGUUAAGAUUUUUGGUAUGAACGACCGUACUCUUCAUUAAUCUACAACUGUCAGACUUAUUGCUCAAAUGUUCAUUCAAGGUGAAUUGAUGACUGUUGGUAUCUGUCCAUUAUCAAUUAGCUGGUAGUCUAAGCUCGAAGGUGUUUUGAGAAUUUCCCAAAACAUCUCUCCUGAAAUUUUAUCUGCUGCAGAUAUUGAAUCCUCAAAUAAAAACUAAGUUAGCAUUGGUGAUUCUCAUUUAUAUGCCGUAAACGCCACUGCAGUUGAUGUUGGUGUUGCUGAAAUCGAGCUUACUGUUACUUUUAUUGGAUAAAAGUCUCAUGUUAGAACUGUAGCAAGAAUUGAUGUCAUCAAUCCUCUUUCUAUUCCUAUUCCUACUUAUGUUGCUUAUUCCGAUAUUAAGCCUUCUAUCUUGUUGAUUCCUCCCAAGAGUGGUUACUUUAUGCCAAUUUAAAACCCUCUUAAAUACACUUUUGUUACUGCUUGUGGCUCAAGUGAUCAAUACGAAACCGUUAGAGUUGAUUAGAAUGGUCAUAUUACCACUGGUGAUAAAAAGGGUGUCUCUACUCAUAUUAGAGCUGUUUCUAAUUCUCUUUAACAAGAAAUCAUGAGUGUUCACGUUUACACUACAAGUAUUUAUUCAUUAUUUGUAGAGAAUUCCCAUGAAGUCAUCAACAUGUAAGUUGAAGGUGAAACCACUCUUUAAGUUAGAAUGUAGGAUUUCCUUGGCAGAUCAUUCCCUACAAGACUUGACAAUGUUCAUUUAAGAGUUAAAGUUACAAACACAAAGGUACUUUCUGCUACAAUCAGCGAUGGUAGCUUAUUAAAUUUGAGAGCUAUUUCUUCUGGACACUCAAUAUGUAUUGUCUAUCUUGAAGCUAACCCUCAUAUCUAUGAUAUUUUCUUCAUUAAUGUUGGGUCUAUAGUAUCUCCUUCCUCACCAGUAUUUGUACACACUGGAGGUUCAGUUUAAUUCUCUGUACUACAAGCUAAGAGCAGUGGAGAUAGAUACAAUUCUAAGAGAUGGUCUAGCUCAAAUGAAAAUGUAUUAACUAUUGACAGCAAUAGAGGACUUGCUAAAGCUCACCAACCUGGAGAAGUUUUGGUAUAAUACAAUGACGUUGUUGUUUACAAAUCUAAGGUUAUUGUCCAAGAAGUAGGUGAAAUAGUUAGAGGAGAUAUCGGAAAAAAUAAUAGAUUAACAAAUGAACCCUCUCAUCCAGAUUACGCUACUAGAUAUGUUAUCCCCUUCUAAAUCUUCUUGAAGGAUAGAAGUGGUAGUAAAGAACUCUUGAAGAGAUUAGAAAAUUCUAUUGAUAAAAACCCUAUAAACAAUAACUUAUCUUGGUCUUGCAAGGCUGAACACUCUGAAUGGUUCCAAGUUUAAGGAGAAGUAAUUGACCUUCCAAAUGGUAACUAGCAAGCCUAGUGCAUUGUAAAAUUGGUAGAACCUAAUAACUAUUAGACUAUGAACAUGCCACCCUCUUUGAUCUUAAUUACCACAAUUUCUAGUAGAAAUUAAGAUGCUAAAUUCUCUUUCGUCUAAGAGCAUAAAUUUAAUGAUGUUAUUUGGAAGAUUCACCUUUCAAACAAUGAAAAAUAUAUUGAGUUGAAUAGAGCCAUGAACAAAUAGGAAAUAUAUAUCCAAACUACUUUCCCUCUUGAUAUUUCUUUCGGUGGAAACGAUAUCAAGCCUCACGUGAUCUCUAAAUUCUUUGAACAAAAGAGUGUAUAAAAGAUUGAAAUUUAAAUUAGUCCUGAAUUCAACCAAAAUAUUGACAAUAAAAUAUAUGUCAAGCACCCAUUAACUGGCUAGACUGAAGCCAUUAGAGUCAUUUAUGAUCCUGAAAGCUCAACACCUCCUACUCCUGGUGAUUCCUCUCCAUUAACUUGGACUGAUUACCUCAUUACAAUAAUCUUGAUUUGUGUAACAAUUAUUGUUGUCUAAAACCUCUCUAAAAACAAAUGA